AUGGCAGACUUACCCUGGUGGGCAAGCGUACCCACUGGAGGUGGGGAUUCUAUCACUUGGAAGCCCAGCGAUCAAUCAGACCUUGGAAACGUGAUCAAGAUAAACACAACCUUUGUCACCAGCUACUUUUAUGAGCAGGAGGGGUCACUGAACAUACCAUCUUAUUCUUACGGUAUGCAUAUUGGCUCCGCAUCUCUGGGAAUUCCUGGAUCGCUACUUUUAGGGGGCUAUGAUCAGAAUAGAGUGAUGGGUGAGGUGUCCUCCCAGGCAUUUUCAAGUGGAAGCUUCCCAAUUGAGCUGCUCGAUAUAACUAUUGGAGUUGCAGAAGGGCUUUUGGCGCAGGGGAAUUCUUCCCUGGACUCUGGUCUCAGCGUCAUUGUGGAUCCAGCAAAUCCAUAUAUAUAUCUGCCUCAGAGCUCAUGCGAUGCGAUAGCCGCUGAGUUGCCUGUCACAUACCACCCUGAUUACAGCCUCUAUUUUUGGAACACAUCUGACCCACAGUACGAUACAAUUGCAACUUCACCAGGUUACUUGGGUUUCAAAUUCAGCAAGGAUAACCUCAACAACGACUUUAUCACGAUCAAAGUCCCCUUCGCUCUUCUGAAUCUCACACUAGAGGCACCGCUCGUGAAGACACCAACGCAAUAUUUCCCGUGCAUGGCUACCAAUAGCACUCCUGUUCUAGGCCGUGCUUUUCUUCAAGCAGCUUUCAUAGGAGUCAAUUGGCUGGGUGGAAAAUGGUUUUUAGCUCAAGCACCAGGACCGGGAGGCUCUUUCAUUGUCGAUACCGUGUCCAUAGGGGACAAUGAUUCCACUAUUUCGGCAACAACAAACAGUUGGGAAGCCACCUGGAAGAGCACCUGGAAGGCGAUACCUGCAGGUUCUACUUCAAAUACAAAUACGACGAACGCAAAUACAACAAGUACAUCAAUGAGCGGCCCAAGUACUAACGAAAGUGGUCUCUCAACGGCUGUCAAAAUUGGCAUUAUUGUCGGCAGCACUAUUGGCGGGCUAUCGAUAAUUACUAUUCUCUCUGGGCUCUGUAUCCAUCACCGUCGACAACAUAAGAAAGCAUUAAUUUCAGACGAAAGUCAUGCGGCAGAACAAACAGAUCACGGAUCCUCAGCGCAUCAGUUGAUGCCUGUGGAGGCACCUGAUAGCAUAUGGAACCAAGCAAACGAGUUACACAGCCAAGAAAGACAUGAGAUGGGCUCGGAAAGAGGACCUUUCUAUGAACUGGGCCCGGAAAAAGGUGCCCUGGUUGAAUCAGAUCAAAGAUCUAGGUUUCAGGAAGGCCCUUUUGAGCUACCAGAGCAAACAUCCGUCUCGUGGUCUUCCAAUGUUAUCUAA